AUGUAUCGUCUCUCAAGCAAACAUCGUGCUGUUGGUGUCACACCGGAACAAUAUCCAGUUAUCAACAAAUAUCUAUUACAAGCAAUUAAAGAAUAUUUGAAAGAUAAAGCGACACCUGAAGUAAUGGCAGCAUGGCAAACUGUACUCGAUCUUAUGGCACAAACUUUUAUCAAGCGGGAGAAGGAAUUGUAUGCUCAACUUGGUGAAGAUAAAGGUUUCAUUCCAUUUUCUGUUGUCAAGAAAGAACAAAUUGCAAGUGGACCAACAUAUACUUUCACACUUGUACGUCAAGAUGGUAAAAAAGUCUGGCCUCAUAUUGCUGGACAAUAUAUUACAAUUCGUAUUGAAAAAGAUGGUGUACUCCAUCAUGGACACUAUGUUCCUGUUGAACCAAGUGAUGGCAACACCUAUGCUAUAACUUGUAGACAAGGACAUGAUGAUCAAAAUACCAUUGUCUCGGAAGAAAUUAUUCGCAACCGUGCAGUUGGUAGUACGGUCUUAGUUUCAGCUCCUGCUGGUAGUUUUGGAAUUGUCAAUUCAGCAAAACAUCAUUUAUUUAUUAGUGGUGGUAUUGGUAUUACUUUUCUGAUGGGAAUGAUCAAUGAGUUAAAUAAACAAGGAAAAUCAUCUUCGGUAACCGUAAUUCAAUGUGCACAAACUGACGAUCGCGCUGCCUUUGCUGACAAAUUACGUAAUAUACUUCCAAAAGACCAAUAUUUACUCUUAACGAAAGAACAUCAAAUAUCAAAAAGCCAUCUUCAAGAUAAGUUGAAAUCAGACACUGAUAUCUACAUAUCUGGCUCGGAAGCAUUUAUCGAUGCGGUUGAUCGUAUUCUCGAUGAACUCGGUCAUCCAAGAUCUCAAAUUCAUGUCAAAUCAGUCGAGCCGACUCUUGGCUUAUUAAAAGCUCUCGACCGCAAAAAGUGA